AUGAGAUUCUUUGUCGCUGGUAUUGCCCUUUUGGCAUCAGCUGUUAUUGCCGCUCCUUCAGACAAGGGCUUGGAAUUCCGAACUGCCGAUGAGGUGAAGGAUCAGCUGUUGCCCAUCUCCGAGAUGACCUUCACUGGGCCAGUCGUCGUCGGCGGCCCGAAUGUCACCCUCCACGGAGAUGCUUCCUCCAUCUAUGAGCAGAUCCUCGCCAUCAACCCUACCUUCAAUGUGGAAGGAUUCCAGGAGCCAGAGGGAGGCCUGGAGGUUAGACAGACUACCAACAACUGGAAUUGCAACCAAGGAACGUACGUCGAAGCGUACUAUUCUCAGUGCGCCAACGCCAUCAACCGUUUGAUCACCCUGGGCACCAACUACUGCAGCGUACCUGCCAGCACCUGUGCUCGCGUGGCCUGCUCCAACAGCUGCUCUAUCUACCUGUGCAACAACCGGUUUAUCGAGACGAGUGUGUACUGCAGUGAUAUCGCUGUCGAUAUGGGCAUCAUUGUGAGCAGGUGUGGCACUGUUGCCAACGGUGACACCCGGGCGAGAGGCACCCUGAGCUUUCCGAGUCACUACACUUAUCUUACCCAGCAGACUUGCUAA